AUGUCACAGAAAUGCUCACUCGACAGCCGUUUGCGCAUCCUCGCCGCCCUCCUCUUCAUCCCAGGCUUCCCGCUCUGUCUCAUCCACGGCAUUCUCAAGCACCAUCCCGUCCCGGCAGUCGGUCUCGUACCACAAUUCUUUUCCAUCGUAACCACCGUACUGGUAAUAUGCCUCCGUCGUAAGAAUGGCGAUGACGCAGAGGACCCCUCCGGUCCACGAACCUACAGCAUCAGAGAUGUUCUCGUCCAUCCCAUCACCGUGUUCGGCUACGAUUUCGCCCUCGCGACGGCUUACAUGAUCGUCCUGGUGUUUACGUGGAUCAAGGUUGAAGGAGCCCCGGGACUAAGCAUGCUUGCCGCGUAUGCUACCAUUCCGCUCUUCACAUGUUUCUUUAUUCACGCCUUUCUUGCCCUGCGGUCCAUGUACUACGGGCUUGCUAUUCACAAAAUCGUGCAGUGGUUUGCGUGGCGCGCCGUGCCGCCGAAUUGUCCUAAUUGCAAUGUGAGGCUGCGGUCGUCGUUCCCUGGGUUUCCUUGGCUGGGGUACUUUCGGGGUCGGAGCGAUGGGUACGCUGCCAUUCCGGCGAUGGAGGAGGAUCGGUACCGUGAUGAUGUCGAUGAGGAGAAUGGCAUUGCGCCGCGGGAACCGGAGGCUGUGGAUAUUCUGUCCAAGUCUCGCAAGGGGAAGGCGAUUGAUGCUUCUUGGCAGGAGUAG